AUGGUUGCAAGUUACGUAUUUCCACAUGGUGCUACGUCACCGACUACUGAAGCUACACUUAUUUUAUCUUCUUCGCCAUCGUCUGUUGCUGCAAUUGAAAAAACCAAGCAACGUCAGCAGGCAGCAAUGCUUGAUGCAUGGUUAGCAAUGCAUGGCGAUAAUCUUUACCCUUGCCGAGAAGAGAAAGAACGCUUAGCAAAAGACAUGUCGAUGACUUAUAUACAGGUGAAUCGCUGGUUUGCAAAUCGACGUCGUAAGCAAACGAAACGUCGAAAGACUGAAGUUGAGUCCCCUCGAUCACUUACGAUACCGUCAUUGUCAUCCUCUGUUGCUGCAAUAAAUAGACACAAUUCAUUGACUGGGUUAUUGGAAUCAGAGCAGAAUCCGAACUGGCUAUCAAAAUCACCACUUGAUUCUGUCCAGAUUGAACAGAAGAAAAAGCCAGAAAUGGUAGUGCAAACGGCACAUUCUGAUUUGCGUAAGACCGAUAUUGAAACGUUAAAAGAUGAACUACGUCGGAAUACACCGUCUGCACACAUAUCAAAUACCAGUUUUCAGCAGGUUCCGGAUGUUAAUCGAUCGUUGACCUCACCAUGUUCACUCCCCGAUCAGCGUAGGAUACCUCAUUCAACAACGGUUGAUAACAAGCUGCUUCCAACUCCACCUGCGUAUACACCUUCCCCGUUAAACGCUAUGGCAGCAGCUGCUGCAACUGGGAAUCUCCCAGCAGCGAUCGCUGCUGCAGCUGCCGCACAAACUGCAAAUCCAUUCCUUCUUGCUGCUGCACUAGGAUUACAACAACAGCAACAGCCACAAAAUGCAUCGCCGACAUUUCCGUGGAUCAGUAACGCACAGUCAUUUACAGCGAUGUUGCCCUAUAUUCAGCAUUUACAAGCUCAGGUGCAGCAACAAGCGCAAGCACAGGUUGCAUUGGCACAGCAAAUAGCAGCACAGCAAGCUGCAAAUCUGCAUCAACAAUUCAAAACGAUUGCGGCAGCGGCAGCUGCUGCUCAUACUUCAUUGAUAUCCCAACAACAACAGCAGCAACAACAACCGCAGCCACAAUCACAUUGGUUGUCUCCUCCGCCAUCUGUUCCUCCUCAAAUUUCGGCCAUAAGGCAGACAACAACCUGCCUAUCACCAUUACUUCCAGCAGCUGCUGAAUCAACCUCCUCACUGUUGGAAUUUACCGAGUUGAAUCCACGACCUCAUCCCGAACCGCAACCACCCUCACCUCCAGCAUCAUCCAGUUCAUCGUUAUACAAUGAUGAGAAACAGCAACAGCAACAGCAAUUUUUAUUCGAUGAAGAUCUAAUGAUCGAUUCAUUGAUGGAGGAACGAAAAGAUUUAUCCGAAAAGGAAAGUAUCGCUGUCGCUGUUUUAGCUGGUAUGGCUGCUUGUCAACGAUAG